GUCCCCGCGAUAAGGCGAGGGCGGAGGGGCGGGCGGGCGGGGCCGCGCAGGGGGCUCGGACUCGUCCGCGUCCGCCAGCCGGCGUUCGGAGCGGAGUUUGCGGCGGCACCGAGAGCGGUUGCACGUGACUGUCUGAAAGCGGCUUGGAGUCCGUGCUUCUGCGGAAUAGAAGGUUGGAAAUGGAAACAGCUUUAUAAGCAGGACGCUGCUGAAUUGCUGCCUUCGCCCGGGAAGAACACUUCAAGAAUGAGUCCACCACAAGAUAGAAAUAGAAAUUCCUGCAGCAGUGAGUCUCUGGCAAAGUGCCUGCAAGCAAAGAAGGACUUGGAAGCAGCUCUGUCUGGGAUCGUCAAAGCUGAACAACAGAUUAAAGAGAACUGGCGGGAGGUGAAAGCGAAGAUUCACAGCCACAUCAGCCGCCACCUGGAGUGCCUGCGCAGCCGGGAGGUCUGGCUGUUUGAGCAGGUUGAUCUCAUCCAGCAGCUGAAGGAGGAGGCCUUGCAGCAGCAGGCGCAGCAGCUCUACUGGUAUUUGGGACAAUUCAGUUGCCUUAUUCAUCAGCUGGAACGAUCCUAUAGUAACGAACUAGCAAACCAGAUUUCUGUUUGCCUGGAGAGACUGGGAAAUCUCACUCUUAAACCAGAGGAGUCUUCCAUCCUGAAUUUUGAGGCUGACACAUCUUACCUUCGCCAGGCUAUUACCUCAUUUGGUUCAAUUAAAACAAUGCAAACCCCAGAGAGAGAGAAUACUUCUCCCUGGUUCCCAGGGCAGAACUGUGCCCUAAUAAACUGUGAACAGCAGAAAACUUUGUGUGGGACAGUGGGGGCCUCACUUGCUGACUGGUUACUUGGAAGCAAACCUGUGAGUGUUUGCCAAGCUCCAUAUGUUCCCAGCACCAACCUGGAAGAAUGGGUUACACAAAAGUGCGUGUCAGAGCCCAGCCAGGAUUUAAAUUCUUCCAAAGUCUGUUAUUUUGAGCAAGCCUGGGGAAAUCUGAAAAACUUGGAAAACUGGCUCCUGCAGAAUCAACAGCGUGAUGUUGCUGGGAAGACAGAGUCCCCCGGUCGCAGGGACUCUGCUGCUACCUUCAACUCAUCGUUUUCCACGAUGGAAAGGGUGGAGGAACUGGAAUCCCUUGGACAAGAAGAGAUGGAUCUUUCUGACUGGCUGCUUACUCCUGACACAGAAAAUGGAAGUAGUGCUUCAGAUGAGAAAUGGAAGUAUGAAUUUAAGCCUUUUAGGGAAGAAUUUAAUAUGAAUGAUUGGCUCCUCAAAUCUGAAACGUGCACCAGUUGUUGUGGCAGCCAGAUCAAAAGUGUGGAAAUUGAGAACCUGGGAAAUCUGAAGUGCCUGAACGAGCAUCUUGACGGAAAGAAAGCACCCACUGCACCUGCUGUAAAUGCUUGGCUUCUUCAGCAUCCGCAGGCCCCACUGAAAGUGGAGGAUGUGUGCAAAGCUAAUGAGCUGUGUGCCAGCUUUUCAGAAUGCGUGUGUGAUGAAAACUGUGGAAAAGAGGCUCUGUGUAAAUGGCUUCUGAAGAAAGAUGGGAAGGAUAAAAACGGAGUGCCAGUCAGCCAGAAAGAUGUACCAAACCCUGAGCAUGAGAAGGCCAACUCUGCUGCCAGUACCUGGCUUAAGCCCGCACAGCAGCUCACAGGGGAACCCAUUAGUGCAGAGAAAGCAGAUUAUUCAGCAGAGAUCGCAGAACCCUUGAAAGUGUUGCUGGAAAGGCCUCUGACAAGCUGGCUAGCCAAAGCAGAGAGUGCAGAAGAAAAGGCGAGUAGGGAAAAAGCAGAUAAUAAUUUCAAGACUCCUUUCCUAGACCUCUUGGCUCCAUUCCACCUCCCCUUGAAUGUAAACAGUUGGGUGUUGGCUUCAAACAACGUAGAAAAUGCUCACCCACCUCCAGUGGAAGAUAAAUGGCUUCUACGCAAGAAAGCACAAGACUUUGGCCUUCCUACAGUUUGCGACCUUUUUGCCUGUAUGAAACUCAAUGGAGAUAAAGAAAAAUGGCUGUAUCAGACUCCUCUACAGAUGUGAAGAACUGGAAGCAGUGAAAUCAUCCCUUUCCUGCUGAUCAAUCCCACAUCACGCUGAGUGACUGCAGCCAGCUGAAUUCUUGUGUUUUGUGUUUGGCCAUCUGCUUUUUCUUCUAAAAAUAUAACGAGAUUACUCAUACAACAGAGUUAUGGUGCAGAAGAUGCCUUUUUGUUAUGAUUAAUUCUGAAAUGUAAACCCACUGAGCAUAAGCAAUCUGAUACUAUAGAGGUGUUAGUAAAUUCGUAUGUUAUGGGAGUACAUAAAUCUUCUUUAACGGGCUGUCACUUGAAGUAGGUUGAAGCCAGUGCAAGUAUAAAGCAAAAUCUCUCUGGUGCUGUGAAGUGUCCACCUUUGGCAGUGACUUCAGAAGUGUUGCCAUUCCUUUCAGCUGCUACAACUUUGUCAUGAGUUGGAUUCCAGCUUCCUGGGAUUGCAAGGUAACUUAGGCUGUAGUUGGAAGCAAUUUCUUUUAAUGAGCAGUUGCUUACGUUAAACGUUUCAUCUGCUUCUUUUAUUGGUGUGUUUCCCAGCUGAGUCUGUAUACUCCAGAUUUUGAAAGAGAUGUGAAUUUAUGGGACCCGACAUGUGACAGGAGAAUUGGUAACUUGGUUUUGAAAGAAAACUUUUGUUGCAAAUUUCUGAGGUGGUCAGAGAACAGGGUAGGGUGUUAAUUUUUAUGCAGCAGUAGAUCAGAUCCUACUAUGUCCCCAGCAUUUAGUAACAAUUUGAAUUGCACUGAAAAAGCUGUAAUAUUAAAUGUGUACAUUUCUGCUAGUUUUAGAUAACUCAUAACGAACUUUUAUUGACUAAACCACUGGAAAGCAGGCGUCUUAGCCACAUAAUACUUAAAGGUAAUAUUGGGGAGUUCGAUGCCUUCUCAUCAGAUUGACGUCAUGCAGUUUAGUUGGGAAACACUGACUUGGCAAACUGCGUGGCUCUCAUUGAUAAAUUUUAAAGAUAUUUAAACUGUGGAUUUUCAUGUUGUUAUGCAUAUGAAAGUGGGGUCGAGUAACUCUGAUUUGUGUAGCUGUGCGCAUAAUAAGAGCAAUUGCUCUUCAGCUAUUUAGCAUUUUGAGCCCAUAGGAAGGACUGCGGAGAUGUUAGAUGGAAAUGCGGAUCACACCUGUCAGCUUGCAUGAAAAACUGUGAAGUUACGUAGUUUCUGGUGCAGCUUCUAGUCACUUAACAAAUUGUUCUUCCUGACAAUAAAGAACAGCCUCCCUUCUCCCCAUCCCUGCAGCCUGCCUGGGAAUAAAGGUGACUUCAGUUCUUCACAACCCUGUAGAAAUGAUUAACAGGAACCACCUUGGUAUCUCUUUGCAGUGCGAACACAUUCCUGUCUGAUAGAACAUUUGUUUGAAAGUAAGUUUUUAGUCAGAGAGGGACAUUGCCAAUGUGAAACCGGUCCCUGAAACGGCUUAACAUCAGUGGACCCCUUGAGGCUUUUGUACUUCCAGAGUUGAGGCUUUUUGCUGGAAGCAGAAAGAGGUUUUUGAAGUUCACUUUCCCCUUCAAACGUGUCCUUGUUGCUGCAUGGGAAGGCUGCGCUGUGACUAACUCCAAUAAUAGUCUGAUUUGAUUAGCAGUUGAAGUUCAAGAAGGUGAUUGACGAGCAGCCCACCUCUUACAAUUAAUUCCUUGUAGUCAUUGUGUGCUACUUUGUCAGUUCAUUAUGAGCCUCUUAAAACUUGGGGGUCUGUAUUCCUUUACUUACUCAACCAACUUGUUAUCACUAAUUGAUAUUUAUGUAAAACUGAUUAGUCUUUUCCAUUAAAAAAUAAUUGCAACCAAA